AUGGAGAUGCUCCUCGGGCAACUGCAGCAGCCUCAUACCCAUAAACGGCCAUGCGAGGACCUGGUGCCUGAUGUACCACGUUCACCAUGCAAUAAACGGAGACGGGUCAAUGAUACCCUGAUUGGACCGGAUGAGUUCUCCGAUCUUUCGUCGAGUCUACCUCCACCAGCCGUGUUAGAGGCCGUGGUUGACUCAUACUUCGCGCUUGUACAGCCAUGGAUCCCGAUCUUCCACGAAAAGAGAUUCCGACGGCGGCUGAGGGGCGCUGACAGCUCUCGUCUGGAGGUCGUUCUGCAUUCGAUGGUGGUUGCGAUGCUCAAGCAUGUCGACCAAUCUGUGCUUCCGGCAGAUCUCAAAGAUAUCGAAGCCGUGUGUGAACGAUCCCGGAAGAUUGUUGUCCUGACAGCAAUGGAUGACCUCUACGUGGAGAACUUGCAGGCCUUGAUUAUUAUCUGCUUUGAGGAUAUUGGAUCCGGGAGAGUUUCUCGAGCGUGGCCGAUCGUCGGUUCCUUGACGAGAACGGUGGAGUACCUCCAAUUGAGCGUGGAGUCCGAGAACCACGAUACAGGACGAGUCUUGCAGCCUCGACCUUCCCUUCCGGUAGCUGCAGACUGGGUAGAGGAGGAAGAACGACGGCGUGUUUUUUGGACUGUUUUCAACUUGGAUAGGUGGAACACGAGCCUCACCUCCAACGACGUCCACCGCCGUCUCCCCGCAGACGGGGGCCUCUGGCACAACGAAGAACCCGUUACAACCCCCUUCUUCGGCAUCUGGGACCGCUCCGCUGGUAAGAUCGGCACCCUAAUCGCCUUCCUACCUACAGACAAACCGUCGCCCACCGCGCAAGUCGACAUGUCAACCGUAGGCGCCUUCGCCUACCGCGUCGAGGCCACCGAGUCGUUAAGCCGAGUAACGACCUUCUUCCUCCAGCAACGAAUUAACCACCGCGACCGCCAGGAGAUGGGAAGCUGGCUGAUGCGGUUCAAGGAGCUGGAUCUCCGCCUGGUCAGCUGGAAGAUGUUCCUCCCGCAGAAAUGGAAGGACACGAAUAUCUCGCGGCAGCCGACGGUCGUGACGAUGGAUCCAAAUCUGACGCUGGCGCAUAUCACGCACAACACGUCGAUGAUCCUGCUGCAUCAGCGGAUUGCGUAUCCGCCGCCGGAUUGGUUGGAGGUGGUGAAGUUGCCGACCCUGAGCAGCGCGGAGACGUGCGAGGCGGCGGCGGCCGAGACGGCGAAUAUCACGGAGAAGUAUCUGGGGAAUUGUCCGAGGGAGGGGGUCGUGGAUAGUCAGUUUGCAUUUUGUGUGUUUGUCAGUGCCAGGGUUUUACUUGCGGACCCUGGAGUAGUGCACUGGCGGUAUUAUGGCACGCCCUUGUCGCCAGAUUACUGGACACUGAUGAAAUGCCUCGAUGCCAUGGCCACACGCUGGUCUGGCCGUGUACAGACCAGUCGUCAGAACUCAGCGGCCCGGUAUUUUGGCCAACUCAACGCCAUCCACCGGGCGUGUCAAAGCGACGAGAACUUUAAGCUGGAUGUCCUGGGAUACUCCAACGAGAUUGAAUGGACGGGAGAUAGCCAGAAAACAGCACCGGCAGCAGUACCAGCACCCGAAAGCACAACCGGAUUGUCCCAGGUCGCCUUUCCUCCCGACCUACCGCCAAUGCUGCAGUCUAGUCCGGCGAGGAUGAGCUACAACACAGGCAGCCCGGAUGAAUUGACGACGGUGACCUCCAUCCUGUUAGAUCAACAGUACUCGGAGAUGGACCGGAUCAUCAGUUUAAACAAUGCGUAUUUCGCAUCAGAUGUAGCCUAUAGUACUUGA